AAGGGCCAGUUCCCCUGCCUGAUGACCAACACCCCAGACCAGGAAGGAGCCAUGGAGUCCACAGUGGCCACUUCCACUAAGACCACAGGCCCCGUCACCUUCUCCCACGUCUUCGGCCAGCAGUGCCAACUUAUGGAAGCAGCUGUGCAAUCACUGCAUACCCUAAAUGACCAGAUAUCUCAUUUUAUUGUCACCAAGUCGAAGGCCCUCGAGGAAGACAAAGAUCCUUUUCUACCUUCUGAGAAGGAGACUUUGAAGAGUUCCAUGAUAUUGAUGAGGCAUCUCUUAAUGGAUGCUCAGGCCAAAAUCCUGAGCAUGAUGGAAGACAAUAAGCAGCUCGCGCUCCGCAUCGAUGGGGCGGUCCAGUCGGCCAGCCAGGAGGUGACCAACCUGCGAGCCGAACUCACGGCCACCAACCGGAGACUGGCGGAACUGAGCGGCGGAGGCGGCCCCGGCCCGGGCCCGGGAGCGGCGGCGGCGGCGGAGUCGGCGGCGGCGGCGAGCAUGGAGAACCAGCAAGCGCUCCUGCGGGAAGACGUGUCUCGGCUCCAGGAGGAAGUGCACCUUCUCCGGCAGAUGAAGGAGAUGCUGGCCAAGGACCUGGAGGAGUCCCAGGGCGGCAAGUCUUCCGAGGUGCUGUCAUCCACCGAGCUCAGGGUGCAGCUGGCCCAGAAGGAGCAGGAGCUGGUCAGAGCCAAAGAAGCGUUGCAGGCCAUGAAGGCCGAUCGGAAGCGCCUGAAGGGUGAGAAGACGGACCUGGUGAGCCAGAUGCAGCAGCUGUACGCCACGCUGGAAAGCCGCGAGGAGCAGCUCCGGGACUUCAUCCGCAACUACGAGCAGCACCGUAAGGAGAGCGAGGAUGCUGUCAAAGCACUGGCCAAGGAGAAGGACCUGCUGGAACGGGAGAAGUGGGAGCUGCGGCGACAGGCCAAGGAGGCCACGGACCACGCCACGGCCCUGCGCUCCCAGCUGGACCUCAAGGACAACCGCAUGAAGGAGCUGGAGGCCGAGCUGGCCAUGGCCAAACAGUCCUUAGCCACGCUGACCAAGGACGUGCCCAAGAGACAUUCCCUGGCCAUGCCUGGUGAGACGGUACUCAACGGCAACCAGGAGUGGGUGGUGCAGGCCGACCUCCCGCUGACCGCCGCCAUCCGCCAGAGCCAGCAGACGCUCUACCACUCACACCCCCCGCACCCUGCAGACCGGCAAGCGGUCAGGGUGAGCCCCUGCCACUCCCGGCAGCCCUCCGUCAUCUCCGACGCCUCUGCCGCCGAGGGUGACCGGUCCUCCACCCCAAGUGACAUCAACUCCCCUCGACACCGGACGCACUCCCUCUGCAACGGCGACAGUCCCGGCCCAGUUCAGAAGAACCUGCACAACCCCAUUGUACAGUCACUCGAGGAUCUUGAAGACCAAAAACGGAAAAAGAAGAAAGAGAAGAUGGGAUUCGGCUCCAUCUCGCGCGUCUUCGCCAGAGGGAAGCAGCGGAAGUCCCUCGACCCCGGCCUCUUUGAUGGUACCGCCCCUGAUUAUUACAUAGAGGAGGAUGCGGACUGGUGAUACCCGCCGCCCUGCGCCUGCGACCCAGCGGGCGCAUCUGUGCAAGUGGCCGUGCGUGCGCGCGCGCGCUGGGGCGCGCGUGGGGGCGAGCGAGGCCGUGAGUGUGUGUGCGUGUGCGUGCGUGUGCGUGCAUGUGUGCGUGUGCGCGUGCGCGCGUGGGGGGUCGGGUGGGGCCGGGCGCCCCCCGAGGAGGAGCGCCAAGACACGUGGGACCCCUUUCCCCUGCGUCGCCACCUCUGUAAUUGAUGUACAUACUACAAACGUGUGUGACUCUGUCAACUCUUGUCUUCAGAGCGAUACAAGUUGUGUUGUUAACCUGAGUUCGUUUUGUUCUUCCAUGUUUUGAUUUUUUCUUUUUUUUCUCUUUUUUUUUUUUUGGUAUGGUUUGUUGGGCUGUUGUUUUGUUUGUUUGUGCGUUUUCUUCCCAUCCCUCUCUCCCCCCUCCUCACCUCCUCCUUUUUAUGAAACUUGAAAACUUGAAGGACUGCUGUGUAUUUGUAAAUAACCAAACUCUUGUGCACUCUGUCCGUGUAAAUGUCCCUCGUCCUCCGCACCGCUGCUUCUGGAGCCUGUGUCCUCUAGGAUGUGGUCUGUUUCCCCCUGUGUCCCCCUCCCAGCCCCCACUGUGUGAACGUGUGGGACCAGACCCUGUUCUCAGGGUGUGCCCGAGUCACUUUAACCACAAAAAAAAAAAGCCACUGUCAUCAUCUCGGGCCUCUGUCAACAGUCACCUGCCUGAUCUGGGCUGGGUUUGUCCGAGGUCUGACGGUGGCGCUCUUAUUUUCACGGCCUGCCAGUUUUUAAAUUGCAUUGCCGUUUCUUCUUUCUUUAGGGGGGAAAAAAUUGUUUCGUUUAAUUUAUUUGCACAGAUGCAGAAAACAUAGUUCUAUCUAAAUUAUUACAUAAAAUAUUGGAAUGUCUAUUUUUCCAUGGGGCGGGCGGGAGUCGGGGUUUCUGUUGUCUUUUCUCUGCUCAUGCUGCUGCCAAAACUGCACACGAGGUCGAGGCUAGGGCGGCCCGGACCGCAACCCCCUCCCCACCCCGACCGUUGGAGUUUAAAGCUUGCUUCUUUCUGUUCUCCCCGAUCCCCACCCCCGCCCUCCGCCACUCUUCCCUGCCUGCUUGUGCCCUUUCCACCUUCCUGGCCACCUUCCUAGCCGCCUUCCAGGCCUUCCACACUAGCUGCGGGCACUGCCGCGCUGACCUCCUGCAUCCAGCCCCCGAUGGAAGGGCUGCCCGCUCCCGGGUCUGUCUUUCAAGAGAGAGGUUGAAUGUGGGCUGAGACGGCUGCCCGCAGGUGCACAGGGGACCACCAGGUGGGUGGGCAACCUGAGAUCCAGAGGGGCCUCACCGGGAGCCCGCCGGCAUCCUCCCUGUGGCUGUACCUGUGGUCCCUUCUGCACUUGGGCCAGCAGGUGGCAAGUGGGAGUAGCCCGACCCCCUGGGAAAUGCCAUUGGGGUCAGUGCCCAGCUCCUGAGCCUUUGACCAGCUGGUCCCAGCCCGCUCACCUCCACUCUGAGGGAGAAGGACCAGGCGGGUCAGCAGUGACGGAACACUGUCCAGUGGUGUCCAGUGUAACGCCUCGGUGGCCAGAAACCGCACACAGUGCGGCCGGGCCCUCUCGCGGGCCUGAACUGUCUCCCUUUUGAUCUGUGAAUCUCCCUCCUGCUCCACCUUAAUUACUAACACAGCUCAAUUCACACCACCCUCUAAACCACACAAGUUCUCUCAUGGUGACGCUGUUUUCAGCUCUUAAAAAGAAGCAGGAAGACUUAAAUGCUGGAGCCUCUCCAUUGGAUGGCGAGGGUCUUUUUGUCCAAAGUCUCAAAACAAACCAGAAAAGCCCAGCUGCUCCCUGCCAUCCUACCAGUGAGGUGGGGGGCGUUGGUAAGUUGGUGGGGGUACCUCACAGAGGUCUUUCCAACCUCUCCCUGGCCGUGCUGUUCACUGAGCCUGGUGGUGAGGGGGAGCAGCUGGAACCAGCAUUUUGGUGGAGAGAGAGAUUUUAGAAAUACUUUUCUCCUCGCCCCUCACUCCACCUCCUGUUGAAAAAAAAUAUUCUGGUUGGUUUUUAUUGGUUUCAGUUUUUCUUUAUUUCCCUUUACUUAGGAGAAAACAAGAUCGCAACCACUCCUGGUAAUGAUUUAGUAGUUCCUUUUCAUUUCAGUUUUUGUAAAUUAGGAGAUAAUUCUAAGAGUUACUAAGGAUGAUUUAUUUAAGAGAACUACGUCAAAUAGCGAAUGAGUUAUGGGUAACAUUAGAUGAAAAUGACCUUUCCCGUGGGAAGGGUUUCUCGAAGGCAUGGAUGCAAAUAUAAAAUAUUAAAAAAAAUCUAAAUAAAGCUUAUUUUAAAAUAUGA